AUGGCUGCACUGUACGACCCGACCACGCAGAACAACGUCCAGGACCCGCACACGACCUUGACCACCAUCUCGCCCGUCGACGGCUCGCCCCUCGUUACCCGCCCGUACCCGACCUCGACCGCCCAGCUCGACCACCACCUCGAGCAGGCGCACCAUGCUCACCGUCAGUGGCGCAACGUCCCGCUCGCCGACCGCAUCAAGCUCGUCACCGCCGCCGUCGACCACCUCGCCUCGCGCGCCCUCGACCUCGGCCCCGAACUGACGAGCCAGAUGGGCAGGCCAAAGCGCUACACGGCCGCCGAGAUUGCCACGUUCAAGGACCGCGCUCAGUGGCUCCUCGCCCACGCCGACAAGGCCCUCAAGGACGAGAACGUCGACGAGGGCAGGCCCGAGGGCUUCACCCGCAUCAUCCGCCGCACCCCGGUCGGCGUCUGCCUCCUCGUCGGCGCGUGGAACGUGCACAUGAUCACGGUCAACGCCCUCAUCCCGGCCCUGCUCGCCGGCAACUCGGUCCUCCUCAAGCCGUCGCCGCAGACCCCUCUCGUCGCCGAGCGCAUUCAGGAAUCGUUCGAGGCGGCCGGCCUGCCCGCCAACCUCCUCCAGACGCUCCACCUCACGCCGUCCCAGAUGGACUACGUCGUCGGGCACCCGCUCGUGCCGUUCGUCUCGUUCACGGGCAGCGUCGCCAACGGCAAGCGUGUCGAGAAGACGGCCGCCGACGCGGCCGACAAGGGCCACGGGUUCAAGAUGGUCGGCCUCGAGCUCGGCGGCAAGGACGCGGCGUACGUGAGGGAGGACUGCGACCCGGCCUACGCCGCCGAGAACAUUGUCGAUGGCGCCAUGUUCAACUCGGGCCAGUCGUGCUGUGCCGUUGAGCGCGUCUACGUGCACGAGAGCGUCUACGACCGGUUCGUCGAGGAGGCGGUCAAGGUCGUCAAAGACUACAAGCUCGGCGACCCUCGCGACGAGGAAACGACGCUCGGGCCCGUCAUCUCGCUCCGCUCGGCCGCCAUGAUUCGCGAGCACAUCUCCGAAGCCGUGUCCAAGGGCGCCAAGGCGCUCAUCGACGAGUCGCUGUUCCCGCUCGCCAAGGAGGGCACGACGUACGUCGCGCCGCAGGUCCUCGUCGACGUCGACCACGGCAUGAAGGUCAUGAGCGAUGAGACGUUCGGCCCCGUCAUGGGCAUCAUGAAGGUCAAGGACGACGCUGAGGCGCUCAAGCUCAUCAACGACUCGCCGUUCGGCUUGACGGCGUCGAUCUGGACCAAGGACACGUCGGCGUACUACGAGCUCGUCGACGACGUCGACGCCGGGACCGUCUACAUGAACCGCUGCGACUACCUCGAACCCGCAUUGUGCUGGACCGGCUUCAAGGACAGCGGGCGCGGCAUCUCGCUCUCUCGUUACGGCUUUGACGCCGUCACCAAGGCCAAGAGUCUGCACCUGCGCAACGUCUGA